AUGAGAAAGGUGACGGGAUUAAAUAUCCCUAAAACCAACUACUGGGAAACAUUUCUUGGAUGGGAAAUGUUUAAAUCAGUUUGGAAAUCAAGAGUUGUCGAUAUUACAAAGGAAAUGCGAAACGGACUGGAGGCACAAAAUGUUCCCUUGGUAACACCUGAUGGAAAGAAAUGUGUGCGUUUACUUGAUUUACUUCAAGCUGAGAGAGCAUUAGUCGUGUACUUUGGCAGUUCUCAAGACUUUUCAGAUAUCGUGGAUUUUGUCGUUGUAUAUAUUGAAGAAGCUCAUCCAAUUGAUGGGUGGUCUUUCAAGAAUAACUUUAUCAAAGUACGAAAGCAUCGAAAUCAAUAUGAAAGAUGCAAAGCCGCGCAAAAGCUACAAGAACUCAAUCUUCCAUGUCAAAUAAUGGUAGAUACAAUGGACGACAAUGCAAAUGUGGCCUAUGGAGCGUUGCCUGAGAGACUCUACGCCAUCGAAGAAGGUAAAGUCGCAUACGUGGGCGGACAGGGACCAAUGAAUUCAUCAAUGAAAGCAGCACGUGACUGGCUAGAGUCAUAUCGCGAGAAAAACACAUUCAGAAGAUGGACAAUCUAA